AUGGCACGCUCAAACUCGAGUGUUGGCGUCAGCUCCGCCGUCAUGACAUCCCAAGAAGAGCCCAUCCAGCCUUCGUACCGAGGUUACGGUACUUUCGCUUCGCAGCGACCGGCGCAACGCCAGAGACGUCAUUCAUGGCACACGCGCCCUUGCAUGCAGGAGGCUGAGAACUUUCAGGUCCUGCUUCGAAACUUCCUCACUGAACUCAACUGCCGACUCGAUCUUCUCGAAGACUACGGCCACCUCAAGUAUGAUGCUGGUGUCGAAUAUGCAUACAACACGCUCCUUGCUGUUCGCGAAUCAUGCUCCAAGAUCUCGGAUGGCGCAAUUGAAGCAGGCCGACGACAGGCUUCGGUGUUCGUCGAGACCCUGGAAGAACGAUACAAGGACGCUUUGGAGCGGAAAGAAACACUAGGAGAAAAGGUUUUGGAAGGAAUAGUACUCAUGGACAACUACCUGACCGAAUUCGAGGCGCGCGCAUUUGCGCUAGGAGAUGCAUCCAUUGGCACGUAUGCGCACGAAUUUUACGAGGAAGGUCGGCGGAAAAUGGACGAAGGAAUCGAAAUCGCAAAGGGAGUUGUCGACGGUGGUCUCGACAAAGCGCGACGAGCACGCGAGAAUAUUGAACUUCGAGUAGAGCACGCCGUCCAACGAGCGCUUGCCCAGGCCAAAGCCCACGGCCUGAUUCAAUACGAAGACCUACCCGAGCCAUGGCGAGUGAAUCCCCACAUCCUCAAGGGUUACCGCUUCCAAGAAGGAAAAUGGGCAUGCGUCCGAUCCAUUUUUGGACUCCACAACGAACUCAUCAACAUCUGGACGCAUCUUCUCGGUUUCGUCAUGGUCCUCGCCAUCGCCUUUUACUUUUACCCCUCAAGCGCCAACUUCAGCAUGUCGACAAAAGCCGACAUUUUCAUAGCCGCAGUCUUCUUCUUCGCAGCAUGCAAGUGCCUAGCUUGCUCCACCAUCUGGCACACGAUGAACAGCAUCUCGCACCAAACACUCCUCGAGCGCUUCGCCUGCGUCGACUACACGGGCAUCUCUCUCCUCGUGGCCGCCUCAAUCAUGACGACCGAAUACGCCGCAUUCUACUGCGAACCCGUCUCCCGCUGGUCCUACAUGUGCAUCACUGCGCUCCUCGGCGUCGGCGGCGUCAUCCUCCCCUGGCACCCAACCUUCAACCGCGCAGACAUGGCCUGGCUCCGCGUCAUCUUCUACUGCUCCCUUGCCCUCACGGGUUUCCUGCCCUUUGGCCAACUCGCCUACACGCGCGGUGUAGCGUGGGCUCAGUACUUUUACGCACCCAUCACCAAGAGUCUGCUCGUGUACGUUACCGGCGCUUGUCUGUACGCUAGCAAGACGCCUGAGCGCUUCUUCCCAGGCCUGUUUGAUUACAUUGGUUGCUCGCAUAACAUCUGGCAUGUUGCUGUGCUAGGGGGUAUUAUCUUCCAUUACAUGGCUAUGCAGACUAUGUUUACUCAAGCUCUUACUAGGGCGCAGACGAGCUGCUCGGUGUAUUAA